AUGAUAACACGAUCUAAACUCGUUGAGCAACUCAGAGAUUAUCAGAUCCGGUCUCAGCACAAGUGCCCUGCUCUCACUAUCUUUUCUCCCAAACCUGUGAUAACAACCUGGGCUGAUGUUACUGUGGCUAUAUUGUGGGCCGUACUGUUUAGUGUGCUUGUUAUAUCAUCAUAUGUGACACUUUACUUCAGGCAUUUCUGGCUUUCGUUCGCCAUUAUUUGCCUCGGUAUCUUUCUUCCAAUACGCUUGAGAAUCUCUAGGCAGGCUCAUGCAAGGAAGAGGGAAAGAAGAUUAUUGUUACCUUUGUCCAUGUGAAAGUCCACUGCCAUUCAUAUUAGUGCGCCCUGAAAUUUUACCAACAGGAUUACUGCUCACUUUUGGCGUCGGGGAUCCUGUUAGAAUUUUUAAGAACUUAAGAGUGCUUGUCUUCCUUGACAAGGACACUUGGUAGCCACCGAUCAGAAUCGAUGGUAUGGUUCUUUAAACUUCAUGACCAAUAUGCAAAAGCGUUGACAAUUUGUCAGAAAAUUCCAUUAACAUGUAAACCCCAUAUGCAAAACCUUUAAUGAUUUGUCAGACAAGUUGUUCCUUUCACAUGUAAACUUGACACUGUUGAUCCAAGUUAAAGGUAAG